UCACUUUUAAUGAUGUUUUAAAGAUGCGAAUCAGUCCGUGUUUUCCAUUGCAAAUUAAGUCAUGAGUAUAGUUACUCAUUGGUUGAAAUUGGUCUGGACAUAUGAUGAAUCAUUUAUUUUAGCCAUUUUACUGGAAGACUUUCAACAGACGACAAUGGAGCUUUCCAACUCAACAACAAACUUUUCAAACACUAAAUGUCCUCAAUUUUCACCAAAAGGUCACUUUUCACUUGUCACACCGAUAGUUCUUUGYCUGAUAGCUGUUGGUACCAAUAUUCUAGUUUUCUGCMUUGUUGUGUUCAACAGACAACUUCACAAGACUGUCAACUUUUACAUCGUCAACAUGGCCGUCUCUGACACUAUCACGGCGCUGGUCAUAUGCUUCAAAUACGUGAAUUUCUUCUUCUACGAAUCGCACGAGCUGUUUACACCAAACGAUACUAAAUGCAGACUUGAAAACUACUUUAAGAGGAUCUCUCCAGUAGUCUCUCUGCUUACAAUGCUGGUAAUAAGUAUUGAUAGGUAUCGGGCUGUUUCCAAACCGUUGGAAAUGGCAGCAACGUCAAGAACCAAACUUAUUGGAUGCAUUGGAUUGACCUGGAUCAUUCCUGGCUCUCUAUAUAUCUAUGCUGGGAUCCUCCUCAAGUAUUCUAGGCCGAAUGGCAUGUGUGACAGCUUUGCACUUUAUCCAGAGGCUUUAGCUUUUAAAAUAGUAUCUACAUCUGUCCCUGUCCUCGUUUUUGCAUCGACAGUAUUUCUGAACUUUAAAAUCAUCAAAAGUCUGGACAAAACUACAAUGGAACUGUCCAACAUACAAGAAAAUGAGAGACAGAAACGACUGAAGCCCAUCAGAAAUGCUCUUUUAAUGGUUCGGUGUUCUUUAGUGUCGUUUUUUGUGUGUUGGUUUCCGGUUCACUUGGGCAACGCGCUUUCAAGCUUUARUAAGGGUUUUAGCAGGAAAAACUGCUCUAACAUUUUGACUCUUAUAAUAGCUGAGAGUGUCCUCAACAACYUGCUGAUCGCUAACAGUGUAUUCGGACCGAUUUUUUAUUUCAUAUUCAUCCAAGAUUUUAAGAACAUUUUCAAGAAACUAUGCCUUUGGAAGAGYUGUUCUGGCACACUGUCAGUGAGAUACAAUACCAAGCAAAGUUUGGAAGWAGUAAACGUUGGAUUUUCAGAGGCCGGGAUCGAAUAAUUAAGUUUUAAAACAAUUUAAAACAGUUUAGUUUAGAAAGCAUCAGAAAUGAGAUGGACAAAACAAGAAAGAUGAAUUAAGUGUCUUAUAAUUUGUCGCAGCAUUUUUUGAGGGAAUACAUGAGGUGAAGAACUUGCACUUAUUUUCAGUAUUACUAUGAAAAGAAAAUUAUUUAUUGAAAUAAAAAUCUUAAAAAAAAGAAAAGAAAAUGAAGCGAUAAAAAAAGAAGAAAGAAAGAAAGAAAAGAAAACGAAAUGAAAGAUGAGGAUCGCCGAAGAAAGACAAAAAUAAAGUAACUGAAAAUUCAGAUAUAAUGAAGCUCUCCAUAGUCAUAACCAUAAAAAAAUGAAAGUCAAGGUUUAAUAGUCCAAUACGAGCCUUAAAAGAUAGGGAGUAUUUCUGUAAUUUUUUCCAUUGGUUUAAUUAGCACUAAAUACUGUCACUAAAACUGUUUUCUUGAAAGUAAUUCCUGAUGGGCMCUCAUUGACAGUUUUUUUAAAGUUUGUGUUAGACGAGGAAAUKGCUUUUCUCUCAGCGUUGGUCUUUUGAAGUUUAAAUGGAAACGAAGAAGAAAAAGUCUCGACAAACAUAGCUGAUCGAGGAUUUCCGCCAAAUUAAGACAUAUUUGAAUAACCCAUGGAGAGRUUUUUAUUUGAAUGUAAAACUAUACUCAACGUUAAGGUCAUUUAUAUUCACAAAUUUGACAAGUUGUGUCUUGUAAGGUAUAUGUUUAUAUAUAAAAUACAGGUAGUUGGA